AUGGCGUCACGUGGCUGGCUCCUCCAGGCUCCAGAAAACCUCGGCAGAUGGAAUGGGCCCCUCCGGAGAACAGGUGCACCUAGGCCCGCGAGCUCACGGGGACGUUUGGCAUUCCUUCGGACGCCAGUCCACCAGCCCCCAGGAGAAAAGCACAGACUCCCCGACACUCACAACAUCUAUGACAAAUCCGGAGAGCAGAAGUCCAAAGCCAGUGGGCGCGGGUGCAGUUACCCAGACUUGGGCGCGCAACGGCCAAAGUCUUACAAACAGUGCCUAGGAAUUGAUCGUUGGCGGCGAGCGCAGGCAAGGUGCGGGCAGAUGCUGGCGGAAGUGGGGCAGAAGGCGGACUGCGUGUGCCCCCACGGGAUGAAGCUCAGUUGGGACAUCAACGAUCCGCAGAUGCCUCAGGAGCCGGCACACUUCGACCGCUUCUGCGAGUGGCCCGACGGCUACGUGCGCUUCAUCUACCGCAGCGACGAGAAGAAGGCCCAGCGCCACCUUUGCGGCUGGGCCAUGCGCAACACCAACAACCACAACGGCCACAUCCUCAAGAAGUCGUGCCUGGGCGUGGUGGUGUGCGCUCGGGCCUGCGCCCUGCCCGACGGCUCCCGCCUGCAGCUGCGGCCCGCCAUCUGCGACAAGGCGCGCCUGAAGCAGCAGAAGAAGGCGUGUCCCAACUGUCAUUCCGCGUUGGAGUUGAUUCCCUGUCGAGGGCACAGCGGAUACCCCGUAACCAACUUCUGGAGGCUUGAUGGCAACGCGAUAUUUUUCCAAGCCAAGGGAGUGCAUGAUCACCCAAGACCAGAAAGCAAAUCAGAGACGGAAGCUAGAAGAAGUGCCGUCAAGAGACAAAUGGCCUCUUUUUAUCAAUCCCAGAGAAAAAGAAUUCGAGAACCAGCGGCUGGAGAGAAUCAAGACAACAGUGGACAUUUCAACAACAUGCCUCCCUUGGAAAAUCCAGAAGAGUUUGAUGUAAUUGCUGACACUGGCACUGGCUUCCCUAUUCCAGGGCAGCCUUGCUUUUCCUUCCCCAGCUCCGAGGCUUACAAAGCUACCGGUGAUCUAGCCACCUUCCAAGGAGACGUAAUGCCACCCUUUCAGAAAUAUCCAAAUCCAAGAAUUUUUUUGCCUAGGCCACCUUGCAGCUAUGAAUUGGCAGGUCCUGGUUACACAAAUUCCAGCCCACAUCCCGCCCAUUAUCCAAAUUCCAGCAGCAUCUCUAAUGACACAGACUGGGUUCGUCUGAAUGCACUGCAAUAUAACGUCAAUUCCUACAGCAGCUUUGAGAGAAGCUUUGAUUUCACCAGUAAACAACACGGCUGGAAAGCAGCUCUUGGAGCACCUGGCCUUGGGGAGAGGCCCGACCAUGGACAGCUCCAGGCCGUGACCACUCACCCGUAUUAUAACUCAGAGCUUCCCUGCAGGUACCUCUCGACUCCCGCGGCAGGCGCUCCAGCCCUACAGACCGUGAUCACCACCACCACCAAAGUGUCCUACCAGGCCUACCAGCCCCCUGCUCUGAGAUACUGUGACAGCAUACAGGAAGGGAAGAGCCUUUCAGGGUGUAACUAUGCUUCUGAAAACAUCCCCCUGCCCAUCUAUCCGGAAAGCUUGGACUUCCCAGCCUCAGUAGCCAGGGCAGCCUCUCCAGCAGGGUCACUUCCUUUGAAAAUUCCAGGCGAUUGCAGAGCCAUCAGACCCACGCUGGCCUUUCCCCAAGAGUCCGCUCCCUCCGGGACAGACGGAGCGGAGACUUGGGAUGUGUAUCCAUCGAGGUUGGGGUCUGCAAUCAGUUAUUCAGAUGGGGCUAGUCCAUUCUUUAGCUAUGACGAUGAGGACUUUUGA